ACGACAUAAACUACCUGCGCGCCAGAACAUUGGCCUUUGUCGUCUCGUCGUCUCGUCGAUGUGAACAUGUGAUCGGUCAGUAAUACGCGUGUCUGGCGUAAAAUUCAUGGUUUGGUUUUGAACGAUUGGAAAAGUAAUAGUCAAUUAAACUGCUCUAAGUCCAGACAUGUCUGAAGAGUGUAGAUAUCUGAUUGCAACUGAGGAAUCAAGAAGUUUUGCGAGAUGGAAGAAUUCUACUAACAAAUUGGAACUUGAAGUAAAACGAAUUUUGGGCUGCGCAAAAGUGGUGUCGGGAUAUCAGUGUCCAGUGGGGGAAUACUUUCGGGUGGUCCAGUAGUAGCAUACGAGCUUCAAUUGGCCUUUCUGUUUGCACACGCGCGUAGUCGUACCUACCUCGUACGCUUUCGAGUUUGCAAUUGUUUGGUACCAAAUCUGAAGGACAGUCUUUUUCACAACACACGAUUGGUUGAUUUUCACUAGACAGUCAUUUGAAUGGUGCAGUUCCUAUCCGCAGCCCUACAGUGUGCAAAAAUAGAUAGUGGAAAAAAUCUGCUUAUCAUGCAGAUCUGCACAAUGCUGCCUUCAUCUGAACUCGUAUUGAACAUAGGACUACACAGUGUUAAAAGACUCUUCUCUUAAAGAAAUUUGUAGCUGUGAACUUUCUUUAGAUGACUCUUGUGUCAGAAAUAUUUUCCUGCUUCUUGGAACAUGGAACGUAGGAUGUCUUGAUGCCAACCAAGUGUCACGGGAAAGAUUGUAAAAACACGUUGAAGCAGGAAAAACCUAAAGCUGGAGGAUGAUACAUUUGUUUCUUGUUACUAGUUUUAUAGACAAAAGAAAUGGAGAUUUAUUCCACAAUCUUCAGCUUCCCAGGCAGACACCCACCUACAAAACCAUGGGAGUCGGAUCAUUGUGUGGAAUUUGAUAUUCUAGCCCUGGAAACCCCAGGUGCCUUUCUGCUUCAACAAGGCUAUAAAGCAAUUAUAAUUUCAGGAGGUAAAGACUGAAACCAAAAACAAAGCACUUUUUUGGAAACAGAAAAGUGUACACAAAUGUUCAAGGUUCUAACUCAGUGUACGCGGUUGAUGCCUCACUAUACGAUCCAGCAAUCUUUAGGCUGCGUCUUCCAGUGCUGGGAAUUUGUUAUGGCAAGCAAAGACUCAACAAGGAGUUGGGUGGAACGGUGGAGAGAAAAGAUGUUGCAUAACUUCUCAUUCGAUAUCUGUGGAUUGCAAGGAGGUUUCACAUUGGAGAAACGCGAGCAGCCGUAUAACGAUUACAUCCGGUGCACGGUCGGACGUGAUAAGAUCCUGCUCAUGCUGGUAAGCGGCGGAGUCGGUUCCGCCGUUUGUGCUGCACUUCUACAGGGUGACGACUCGUCGCGAGUGCAGGCCAUCCACAUCGAAAACGGUUUCCUGCGUAAAUACGAAUCCGAGCAGGUCAUCACUAGUUUACAGCAACUUGUGGUCAAUCCUCGGGUUGUUGAAGCAAGUUUGACUUUCCACGAUGCCUCCACCAACGUGCUUGGUCGCCAAACUUUGUCGUUGUGUCGGACUGAGAAUCAUCAUAACGAUUCCGAAAUUGUUCGUCAGUUGCGCCUUCACGGCCGUGUAGUAGAACCUCUACAAGACUUCCAUAAAGAUGAAGUAAGAGCCUUUGGUCGAGCUGGGUACGCCCGCAGAAUUAUUAGAACGUCACCCGUUUCCUGGUCCCAGUUUUUCAAUUCGAAUAAUUUACGCCGAAGAACCGUUCUUGGAAGCCAAAGAACAUGCGUUGCUCAAUCGGAUUGAAUUCGCGACGUCGGAAAAAGAGCGUCUUCUUCCGGAAGAACUGUCCAGUCACAACCAGAAUGUUGCCACGCUGCUGCCUGUUCGCACUGUCGGUGUUCAGGUACAGUAGGUUGCAGAAAAAUGUGCGGGGUAUGAAAAAUAAAACAUACGGAAAACCGCCACAUUUUUCUACAAUAUACUGUACAACAGAUUCGCAAUUUAGACGUUUUCGUAAUAAUGCCGCGAUCGUUAUCAGCUCUUAUUCAAGGGAGACGAUAGAUGCCACCGUAUCUACGCCAAGGUAUUUUUUUUUUUCUCUUGUCUAGAUCUUUCAAUGGCCAGUGGUAAGUCAUUGAUGCUCGCCUUAUCGAAAUACUUGUUUACAUUAUUUUUGUUGUUGAAAAAUUGUGUUAUUUAUGACAAAGGGUCCUUGUGUUCAUGACCAAUGGCUUGAGAAGGAUAUCAACGACUAUGGCACCUGCUGCCCAUCGCCUUACGUAGAAAGCAGAUGCGACAGUAGCCACAUCUUCUGGAAGUAAUCACCAAACUCGAAGGUGGCUGUUAUAAAUCGUUCACACGUUGGCCUUGCAAGCGAAGUUGCAUCCCGUGAUGAGAAACCCUUACGACAUAUGAUGUACUCCAACAACGCGAUGAGCCCAUGGUCGAAAUUUGGCGUGUAUCCGCCGUUUGGCAUGCAGGAAGAAUAGCGGAGACGACUAUGAUGACAUUCCCAGUUUUGACUACUGAACUAGAAACAGUUUUACAGAACCAUUCACGUGGUUUUGUUUCUAUUAUUUCAUUUUAAAAAUGCAAUUGCAAAUUGUUUUUUAUCCGCCAUGCGUCACACUAGAAAAUCUUAAUUAGUUCUAAUGCAUGAAUUUGUUAGCUAAUAAUAUGUGUUUGAAGAAAAUGUUUUCAAUUUGAAACUUUGAACAGGAAUUUGUGCUUUACCUUUUUGCAAUGCGGCAACACAGCAUUGCAUGUCGAUCUGCGAACGUUUGACAACUCACUGAUAUUGCAAUAGGUUAAUAGUUUUGUGUCAAGUAAAAUUUCAAUGUGAGUAACUGCUAGAAGAUUGCAAGCGAAAUCUGCAUGUGUCGUGUCAUUGUUCUAAAUGUUGGUGACUUAUUUCGUUUUGAUUAGGCAUUUAUGUUUGGGAACAAUACCUGAAGUUGGAUAUUGCCUAAUGAUAUUUACAUAUUAGGUCCUACUUAAAGACACUGGGGGUGAUACGUUUUGCAUCCAUAUAGAGUACUCGAAGGAUGACUCACAUGUGCUGCGCCAUUACGAUCGAGACAAGGUAGAACACAAAACUUUAAAGCGCCUUUUAACAAUAAUGAAUGAAUUUCCUCAUUCUAACAGUAAUCAAUGAAAAUAUAAAUAUAUUCUUAGCUGUAGUAAAGUCUAGAUCAAAAAGUAAGAUUUUCCAAGUCGAAGAAUAACAUUUUCCAAGUCCUAAGUAAAAACAAAAGGUAUGCAACAAGAUGACUUUGCACUCUAAGGCUUUUUAAAUAUUUUCGCCUUCUCGUGAUAUCAGCAUCUAACACAUUAAUUUCUUGCUAUAAUCUCAAUCAGAUAAUUGUUUAAAUAGGCACGCAUUUUGUUUUUCCUAACUUGAGUAAUACGUAGUAGAAAAUUGCAAACAUAGUCAAAAAAAUGGUUGGUCAAAAUAACUGUGUUCUCAUGACUCUUUUCGUUAAAGCAACAUCUGUAAAUGCCCCGAGUGCCAGCUUAGAAACCGAACUUGAAUCCAAUUUAAUCUCGACCCGAAAAUCAUGUGUAGUUUGCUAUAUUUAAAUUUUAGCAAAAAACGGAAUAGAAUUCAAUUCGAAGUCAGGUUUAAAAAUAGAGGCCGACUUUUAAGCCCUACUUUUUGCACAAAAAUUUUACUCAAAAAUUUUGACUUGGAAUUCAAUCAAAUCUAACCUUCUAUAACCAAAAUAGGUUGCUAAUUCCGAAUCAAUUAUUAGUUUUUCAUGAAUUUAACGAAAUCAAAGUGGGUUUAUCACAACCACUUUGAAUUUGAAUUACUCAUCAACUAUAACUCUCGAAUUAAAAUGAACUUGAUUUUUACUUU